GGGAAUAUAAAAAGCGUCUUGUCCAGCCAGACCAGGUGAGAAUCAUCAGACAAACAAUAGACAACGAUGCCUCGAACAAAGGAAGAACAGCUCCACUGGGAGGGCCACCGUGACGAGCUGAGGUCAUUAUGGCUGGAUCAGCGCUGGACGGCGGAACAGAUACAGGGCCAUAUGUCACAGAGGCACGGCUUCUGCAGAAGUAUACCUCAGUACACGCGACAGUUCCAAAAAUGGGGUUUCCAAAAAAAUUCAAAGGGUGAAACAUGGAAGUUUGUUUUCAAACGUCGCGAGAAACGAAAACGAGAGGGCAAAGACCCCGGUCAGGUUUGGAGGAAUGGCAAACACAUUCCUGAAGAAAAAGUCAGGAAGGAGAUAUCUCGUCAUGUUCCUUUAUUGUCGCAAUACUGGGAUUCGGGAGAGGCCGGUGUGUAUCCAUCUAAUCUUUCCUCCCGAGUUUCAAUGCUUAUUGGUUCGUUUUCAUAAAGACCCCCAAACUCCCGCGGGGCUAGUUGUGGGUACGCCACGGUCGGAG